AUGACAACUAUGGGCAUGAAGUUUCUCAGAUCUGGUGCAUCGGCUACUGAGGCUGUUGAAGCUGCUCUCCGUGUCCUAGAAGACAAAGAAAUCACCAACGCUGGCUAUGGCUCCAACCUGUCCAUAGAGGGAACAGUAGAGUGCGAUGCCACUAUUGUCGACUAUCUUGGACGAAGUGGUGCGUGCGGAGCUGCGCCGAAUGUUCGAAAUCCUAUUUGUUUAGCAAAGCUUAUACUCGACAAAAGCAACCAACCUUUGACUUUAAGACGGGUUCCGCCAAACAUCCUUGUCGGAGCAGGAGCCAAGGGGUUUGCCUCAGAGCAUGGCAUGCAGACGGUGCCCAAUGACAGCUUGAUUUCCAAAAAUGCUCGGGAUCGUUUCCUUCGAUGGCAGGACGAUCUCCUGCGAGCGGAAGAGAAGCUGAAGCAGGAUGAGUCCUGUCGAGCUCAAGGCGCGAGUGAUUCCGUCACUGACGUCGCUUCUUGCCUCCAGUAUGAGACUGGAUCGAAUGUCGCAAGCGACCAAGCCCGUACCGGGAGUUCUCAGCAAAGAGAUCAUGCCAACGCAAUCCUUACUGGUACAUGGAACGAAGGCCAGCCUGACUCGCCAUACCGCGGUUCUCCGGCCCUUGAAAAAGCCCACGGCCAGUUUUCGAUUCCUUCAGUUCCUGGCCAUGGUCUAUCCCGUGUAUCACCAUCACCAGGCGAGAGGAGCCCUCUGAGUUAUGUCGGCGCGACGCAGGGGGCGGCAACUUCUCCCAAACGCCAUCACCCUGGUGCCAGUCACGGAAAUCCGCCUGUGCCAUCUUCGCACCCCGCGCUUAGGGGACACCGCGAUGGUGGGAGAUCUCCGCAACCUUUGGUAGUGUCAGCUCAGAUGGAUGUUGGUCAGACAGCGACACGACUCCUCAAUAGCCCUCGUGGUUCUAAGCGACCAUUCCCCUUUCCACAGGAUGCAGACGAUGACUCACCGCCGCUGGACAUGAUCACUGACACUAUUGGUGCCAUCGCCAUUGAUGAUGCAGGUCAUAUCGCCGCUGGUUCCUCGUCAGGCGGUAUCGGCAUGAAGCACUGCGGGCGGCUUGGUCCGGCCGCUUUGGUGGGCAUUGGCACUGCCGUUGUUCCCAGCGAUCCAAGCGAUCCCGAAGGCAUCUCCGUUGCAACCGUCACCAGCGGCACAGGUGAGCACAUGGCGACCACCAUGGCAUCUCAGAGGUGCGCCGAGCGAAUUUACAGCGGUACGCGCCGCGGUGUGCACGGCCGGGAUGUUCAAGAAGACGACGAGGACCUCAUUAUGGAGUCUUUCAUCUCCAAUGAUUUCAUGGGACACCCAGGUGUCCGGAAUUGCAAUUCUGUGGGAGCGAUUGGGGUCAUGACGGUGAAGAAGACGCGCACUGGGUACUACCUCUAUUUUGCACACAACACUGAUUCCUUCGCGCUGGCUUCCAUGGGCGGUGCCGACAAGGAGCCUCAAUGUGUCAUGUCCCGGCUUGGUAAUACCGAGCAGGUGACCCGUGGGGCGCGCAAGAUUUCUGUCGGAGGGUAG